AUGGCUCCCUACUCGAGCACCACUGAAGUGGCCGUCAAAGGAUGGACCACGAGCAAACUGUCAAACAAGCCCGACCAAGGCCUCGAAGCCUUGAUUGGCUUCCUCGAAAAGAAAUCUGGCCGCGAGAUCAUCUCUCAUCGCUUGGCCGGCCGGACUGUGCUCCUCAUCACAGUCUACACACACGAGAAAUCUCGUUACCUCCAUCUGAACGGCUUCACGUUCGCCGGAGCGACGCUGGUCGUCGAAGACGCCAGACCUCCGCGCAAUCAACAAACUCAGUCUCACAAUCAACCUCAUAAUGCCCCUCUUGAAGGGCGAAUCUCGCAACCAACAAGAAACGGCUUCCAGAAUGGCGGUGCAGUACAGCCCCCUACUGGGCCUCGCAACCAGAAUACUCGCCGCGGCAACAACCCAAGGGAUUUGUUGACGUCUGAGAUCGAGAACAUCAUCAUCUCCGUCAUCCACAAACGUUACCAUCCCGGUGACAAACAUCUCAUCCUGAACGCGCUGGUCGCUGACCCGGAACUCUUGAGUUCCGGCCUUUCCACGCUCGAUGCACCCAAAGUGUACCGAGCCAUCUUUACCAUCUGCGAAACCAAGAUCUGGGAAACUGAACCCAAACGAACUGAUGCCGUCACGAGCGUAAGCUUACGAGACAAUGGCAUCGCCACUGUACGAGACAUCAUCUCUCUUGCCAGUGUCUUUCCUCAUGUCCACAACCUGGACCUUGCAAACAACAACCUCGAAGACCUCGGUGCUCUCAAGUUCUGGAAGAACCAGUUCCGGGAGCUCGAGCACCUCAUUCUCACCGGCAAUCCGGUUGCUUUGAAACCAGACACGCUACAGACGCUUGUCAAAUGGUACCCCAACUUGAAAAUGUACAACAAUGAACCGGUUCAACAGGCCUUGAACCAGGCCCCGCAACAACAAGGUCCAUCUUUUGGUGGAUCGCCAACUCAACCACAAACCACCGGAGCCACCGCAGCUCCCGUUCAACCGGUCGUUCACCCUGAACUGCCACCUGGCUCGACUUUCGGAGUCGCCACGCCAGACAAGGCCGCUGAUGUUCUGCUCAAAGAACAAAUGGGCCUUCAAUUCAGCUUCGAGACCCGCCUCAAAUUACAAUGGGUCGAAAACUGCCUCUCUGCCAACAACUGGGAUUACCCCACGGCAAUGGCAAACUUCAUGCAACUCAAGGAACAAGGUCAGAUACCCGCAGACGCAUUCCUCGCGGUCUGA